GGACUUGGGACUCGGACCACCGGCUGGGCGGGGGCCUAAGGACUAGGGUCCGGCCCGCCCCCGCCGCGCCAUUGGCCGCAUCUAUAAAGAAAAGGGCCGGCGGCUUGGGGACACCCUCAGUGUCACCGGUAAGUUAGGUAUAUCCCGGAGAGCAGCGGGACGUUCGAGCCGGCGCGGAUUUAGCGUGUCCCUCUGGGCAUCUCUAGGCUAGCUCCCCAUUCCUGUCUCGAAGUCGGGGGAAGCGGCGUGUCCGGUGGCAGGUAGCGGAGCGCGGGGUCGGUCUGGAGCGCCAUGAGCAGCCCGGAUGCGGGAUACGCCAGUGACGACCAGAGCCAGCCCCGGAGCGCGCUGCCCGCGGUGAUGGCCGGGUUGGGCCCCUGCCCCUGGGCUGAGUCCCUGAGUCCCCUCGGGGACGUAAAGGUGAAAGGCGAAGUGGUGGCGAGUAGCGGGGCGCCAGCCGGGACCUCGAGUAGAGCCAAGGCUGAGUCUCGCAUCCGGCGGCCGAUGAACGCCUUUAUGGUGUGGGCCAAAGACGAGCGCAAGCGGCUGGCACAGCAGAACCCGGAUCUGCACAACGCAGAGCUGAGCAAGAUGCUAGGCAAGUCCUGGAAGGCAUUGACGUUGGCGGAGAAGCGGCCCUUCGUGGAAGAGGCAGAGCGGCUGCGCGUGCAGCACAUGCAGGAUCACCCCAAUUACAAGUACCGGCCGCGGCGGCGCAAGCAGGUGAAGCGCAUGAAGCGGGUGGAGGGAGGCUUCCUGCACGCCCUGGCCGAGCCUCAGGCCGGCGCGCUGGGCCCCGAGGGCGGUCGCGUGGCCAUGGACGGCCUGGGCCUGCCUUUUUCGGAGCCGGGGUUUGCAGCCGGCCAGCCGCUGCUGCCCCCGCACAUGGGCGCCCACUACCGCGACUGCCAGGGCCUAGGCGCCCCCGCGCUGGACGGCUACACUCUGCCCACUCCGGACACAUCUCCGCUGGAUGGCGUGGAGCAGGACCCGGCCUUCUUCGCUGCCCCGCUGCCGGGAGACUGCCCGGCUGCCAGCGCUUACACUUACGCGCAGGUCUCGGACUACACGGUGCCGGCUGAGCCGCCCGCUGGCCCCAUGCGAGGGGGGCCAGAACCCUCCGGCCCUGCGAUGCCGGGGAUCCUGGCGCCCCCCAGCGCCCUGCACCUGUAUUACGGCGCCAUGGGCUCCCCCGCGGCAAGCGCGGGGCGCGGUUUCCACGCGCAGCCCCAGCAGCAGCUGCAAACCCAAGCACCUCCGCAGCCGCCGCCGCAGCACCCGGCGCACGGCCCGGGGCAGCCUUCGCCCCCUCCUGAGGCUCUGCCCUGCCGGGAUGGCACGGACCCCAACCAGACCACCGAGCUCCUAGGGGAGGUGGACCGCACGGAAUUCGAACAGUAUCUGCACUUUGUGUAUAAGCCCGAGAUGGGUCUUCCCUACCAGGGACACGACUGCAGUGUGAACCUCUCGGACAGCCACGGAGCCAUUUCCUCCGUAGUGUCCGACGCUAGCUCUGCUGUCUACUACUGCAACUACCCUGACAUUUGACGGUUGCCGACCCGACCUGCGGGUCAGAAGCAGUGUUACACACUUCCUGGAAGCGCUAAGGAAAUCCUUAGCGUCAAGCUGUUUUGUUUUUAAGUUGCCUUGGCAUAUAAUUUAUGGUAAUUUAUUUUGUCUGCCACUUGAACAGUUGAGGGGCUAUAUGAGAUUUUUUUUUUAAAUGUAUUGAGGGACUUGUUCCCCGACACCACUGGUCCAGUUUCAACCAGUUUCUUAAUAUUUCACCCAACUUAUUCCAUUUCUCGGAAGUGUUUUUGAUCCAAAGAAAUUUUGUUCUUCGUAUUUUUUCAAUCUUCGAAAAUGUUUUGAUGCAAAGAAUUUUUGUCCUUCCUGUUUUGUUCAAUCUUAAGAAAAUUAAAAUCUAGAAUCUUUUU